AUGCAGCUGCCGAGAACUACUUUUAAGAAGCUGUGCUUCUUGGUUCUACUGAUCUGUUUCCGGUCCUUGCAACCCGCUGAUGAUGCUUCUCUUCGCUACACCUACACUGUUAACAAGUCAGGGUCUGGACCGUGGAGGCAGGAAGUCAAAGGUCAAGUGAAUGAAAAUACUUUCAUUUACUGUGGCAGUAUUAACAACUGCCAUGCCAUUGGUCUUAUUGGGAAGAAACUGAAUGUCACAAAGACCUGGGACCUACAAUGUGACACUCUGAAAGAUGGACUUGGCCAGGUCACUGACCAAGCACUUCUCAUGAAGCCGGAGAAUGAUACAAUCAGAGAGCCCCUCUCUCUGCAGGUCAGGAUAAGCUGUUCACAUGGAGCCGAUGGAAAUUCCUAUGCAUCCUGUGACCUAUACCUCAAUGGACAGAAAGUGCUGUAUCUUCACCCAAGCACUGGAAAGUGGACUAAAGUUGACCCUGGAUCCAUGCAGAUAAAAGAGAUGUGGGAAAAAAACAAAGAUUUAACAGACUUCUUAUACAGGACCUCACAGGGGGACUGCAAGGCCUGGCUUAAGGAGAUGAUCAAGUCACACUUGGAAGAAAAGCUGGAGCGUACAGGUCUGGUCAAAGACACAGCUGGUAUUUUCACAUCAGCCUCACCAACCAUUGCCCCAGACGUGGACCAGAAUUCAUCCAUGACCAUGCAGCCCAAUGCCUUUGUCUUGCUGUUCGCCUUAGCCCUCCUGUUUCUCUUAUAAUAUCUGCAAUGACAGGUUGAAGAUGCUCCAGAGAAGUCGUGAGAGUUCAUCUGGUGCCACUACUCUCCCUCUCCAUCAGCCUCCACCAGAUGAAUCAGGAUGCUGCGGACACAGCAUUUCAUCGUUAUUUACUCU